UGCAUGAUGCAGCAGAAAAUUGCACUUUGGGUGCAGACACCGAACUAACAUGCAUUGCUGCUCAAAGACCUUUUGUCAAGUAGCAAUUGUUUCGUAAUUCACCCACGUGAUGCAAGCACCCUGCAACCCGAGCCUAUGCGUGUUUACUCAAAGUAAGCGCCGCUGAGUUCAACGUGCACAGGGGCUGCGGUCUCGGCGCACAAGCCUUGCGGAAACCCCUUCCUCUUCAUACUACAAACCUGAGGUGCAGCAGGUGUAGGAGCCACGCUGCAUUCUCGAGCAAACUGCGUUCGUGCUUUGCCGGCGGUUAACCUCAUGGGAGUUUCCUGUGCACAUGGCGCUAUUGCAAGCCUCGCGGAAGCUGCGCCGCCCAUAGCUAAGCAAGCCUUUUGUAUACAGAAUGCAUUGUGAAAAAUAAGACAGCCUUAUAGGAUGUCUUCCCUGGUGCAUGUUCCGAUGAGAAAAGUAACCUUGCACCCUUGCCUGCGUAUAUUGGCCGCGCUUAUAGAGAGGGAACAGUACCUUCUCUAUGCGAGCCAGCGAGCCUCCAGCGCGUGCCUAGCACAGCAAGGACUGGGGGGAACCGAUCGCUUUGCGCGGCCUUAAGACUUUCUUUGGCGAACGCGACCCUUCCCGAGACCUCGCCCCCUCCUUUCUGGAUCACUUCUCCAACUUGCCCCACCUCCCUCCUCUCCUGGCCGCUGAAAGAAAAUUGGCGGCGCCCAAUGAGAAGGAGCGCCGAGACAAAAGAGGCAGGGCUAGGCUGGGUGGGAGGGGAACCUCUGGGUGCUGUUGCUGGGAGACCCCGGCCGGGUCAGUGUUGGGUCCCUCCCCGCUGUCCUGGCGUUUAUAUAUGGGGCGUGUACGGCAGUCGCGGAGUUCCAGCACUCGAGAUAGCUGCGGCCGCCGCUUUGGUUGGGCACCCGCUUCCCCAUCUCGGUUGGGAAAUUGAUUAUAUAGACUUUUUCAGCUCUCAAGCAAUCCGCCCUUUCCUAUCCAGUCGUGGCUCACCCAAAGCUUCCGAGGAAAGUGGGAUCUUUCGGUCCUUCCUGCAUUUCCGACCAUUACAGGAUCUAGAAAUGUCUACAACACUCUUAUCUGCCUUCUACGACAUCGACUUCUUGUGCAAGACCGAGAAAUCCCUGAGCAGCAUGCUGGACAAGAAGGCGGUGGGGAGCCCCGUGGGCACUUCGCCCAGCUCCAACUUCGCGCCGGGCUUCCUGCGGAGGCAUUCGACCAGCAACCUGCAGGCUCUGACUAACGGCAACGCCAAGUUCCCGGCGGGCUCGCCGUCGCCUUCGCCCUCUUCCUUCGGCGGCCUCAAGGAGCCUGGCACCGGAGGAGGCGGUGGCGGCGGCGGCGGAGGGAGCAGCAGCCCCACCACCGCCUUGCUGAACAAGGAGAACAAGUUCCGAGACCGCUCGUUCAGCGAGAAUGGCGAGCGCAGCCAACACCUCAUGCAGCAGCUCCAGCAGCAGCAAGUUGUGGUGGUGGCGGCUUCUUCGGCGGGGAAGGGCGGCGGCGGCAAUGGCAACGGCGGAGGGGGCGGCGGCGGCGGGGCUCCCAUCAACUCGACGCGCUACAAGACGGAGCUGUGCCGGCCCUUCGAGGAGAGCGGCGCCUGCAAGUACGGCGAGAAGUGCCAGUUCGCGCACGGCUUCCACGAGCUGCGCAGCCUGACGCGCCACCCCAAGUACAAGACGGAGCUGUGCCGCACCUUCCACACCAUCGGCUUCUGCCCCUACGGGCCGCGCUGCCACUUCAUCCACAACGCCGACGAGCGCCGCCCCGCGCCCGCCAACGGCAGCAGCGCCAACCCCGCGACGCCGCAGCACCAGCCGCCGCCCCACCAGACCAGCGCGCCGCCCCCAACGCACGGCGGCGGCCACCACCACCCUCUGCACCCGCCGCACGCGGGAAGCACGGGCGACCUGCGCGCCUUCGCGCCCUCCGCCCGCGACCACCCGCUGGCGGGCGGCGGCUUCGGCAUCCCCCACCCUCGAGGAGGAGGAGGAGGAGGAGACAGGCCCAAACUGCACCACAGCCUCAGCUUUUCCGGCUUCUCGGCGCACCACCACCAGCACCACCACGGAGGGGCGCCGGGCGGCUUGGAAGCGGCCGCGGCUGCGGCCGCAGCGGCAGCCUUGCUCCUGGAAAGCCCCGGCGGGUCUCGCACGCCGCCUCCACCGCGCUCCUCGGGCGGCUCCUACUGCGAGGAGCUGGUGGCCUCCCCGCCGUGCGCCAACAACGCCUUCGCCUUCUCGGCGGGCCAGGAGCUGGGCAGCCUCAUCGCGCCGCUCGCCCUCCACGCGCCGCCGCCGCCGCCUCCCCCUCCGGCCGGCUGCUUCGCCAACGCGGCCGCCACCUUCUACCGCUGCCACCAGCAGCCGGGCGGAGGCGGCGGGGCGGGAGGAGGAGGAGGAGGCGGGAACUGCUGCCCGCCGCCCGGCCCUCCGGCCUCGCCUCCUUUCACCUUCCAGCCUUUGCGCCGCCUCUCCGAGUCGCCCGUUUUCGACGCCCCGCCGAGCCCUCCGGAUUCCCUGUCCGACCGAGAGAGCUACCUGAGCGGCUCCCUCAGCUCGGGCAGCCUCAGCGGCUCGGAGUCGCCCAGCCUGGACUCUGGCAGGCGCCUGCCCAUCUUCAGCCGCCUCUCAAUCUCCGACGACUAAGGAGGCGCAAGGAGAAAGUGGGACUUUGGGGGGGGUGUAGAGGGUGGCUGUCC